CUUCAAGCAUCAGGAACCGAUCUAUCCAAAUUGUUUUGUUCCUGUUUUGUUGUUUUGGUUGUGGAUGUCUUUUAUUCUGCCAGCUGCUGAUCGUUUCUUCUCAGAUCAUCUUACUCGUCUCUUCUCCCUCUUUUCCUUUGUCCUCUUCCUCCCCACCUGCAUCUCUAUAUAUAUAGAAAUAGAAACCGACUUCUUUUUCUACUGUAACUCUCUCUCUCUCUCUCAGCUUUAUUUAUUCCAUCAGAUCUAGCUUCUAAAACCCACCUUAUUACAUAUAUCAAAUUUUCUUGUUUUUCUCCCUUUGAUGGAGAUCACAAGCACUCUUAAACAUUCAACAUCCAUCUCCUUCCUUCCCCUUUCUCUCUAUCCAUUUCCUGCAUGAAACCAAUGAAUUGACUACAACUUUGCUCUACCAAAGGAAACUAAUUAAACCACUACCCCAGAAAACAACACAACCCACUCCCACAAACUAAUCAAACAUUUCUCUAAAACACAAAAUGAUGUCCUCAGAUACCGCACCGCCGACGAAGCCAAAACACGACGAGAACCCAACAGGGGGCUCAGGCAGCAGCCGGCCGAAAGCCACGUCGUCAUCAUCAUCGGGGCCAAAGCUGCCACCACCAGAGCAAGCCCUGAACUGCCCGAGAUGCGAUUCACCCAACACCAAAUUCUGCUACUACAAUAACUACAGCCUCACGCAGCCACGCCACUUUUGCAAGACUUGCCGGAGAUACUGGACCAAAGGCGGCGCCUUACGCAACGUCCCCAUCGGCGGCGGCUGCCGGAAGAACAAGAAAAUUAGGUCCUCCUCAUCUUCCAAUUCCAGGCUGUCCUGCAGCUUCGACCCAUCAAAAGACUCGGCCGGCUCUUCCUCCUCAGAGAAUAUGAUGCUCGGCGGCUUGAAGUUCUUCCACGGCAUUUCCCCCGCUAUGGAUUUUCAGCUCGGCAGCAUAUCUAGGCUCCAUAAUAGCAACCAGUUCUCUACAAACCUAGCAACUGGGAUAAAUUUCAACAACCCAUUUCCAGCUUUCGGAGACGUUUCGGGUACUUCCGGAUUGAGUACUAGUACUCUUGAGCCAUCAUCCGGCGGUGGGACAAACGCUUGUAAUAAUUCUUUUCUGGGUUUUAAUUAUCCGCUCACUUUGGGCGGCCGCGGAGGCAGUGCUAGUGGUAGCGGUGGGUUAAUUAGUGCACAGAAUAUGAUGAGUGCAAUGAACGUGCACAGUAGCCUUGCGUCUUCAAUCGAGUCUUUGAGUUCUAUUAACCAAGACCUUCACUGGAAAUUGCAGCAGCAGAGGCUUGCCAUGUUGUUUGGUACGGAAGAACAUGACCAGUCAACUCAGUCUCAGCUUGAAAACCAGCAGAAAACGCAGCAGAUGAUUGCACCCAUAAGCUUGUUUCAGAAUCUGGAGGUUUCAUCAUCCCCAAGACCUGAUCAUCAUCAAGGUGUAAGUCAUGGAAGAAAAGAAGGUGGAGAUACUGCCACCGAGUGGUUCUUCGGGAACUCUUAUGCACCAGCGGUGACUCAGACUCCAACAAACAGCGGUGGUGGUGGCGGCGGCGGCGCCAGCAAUGAGAACGCAAGCAACUGGCCUCAUGGAAUUCCAGCGUGGAGUAGUCAUGAUUGGCAGCAGUACAAUGUUUUGCCCUAGAUCAUGAGAGAGAGUUUGAAUGAACUGAAGUCGUUGAGCUUGAGGAGAACAUAGGAGGAGGUGGGCACUUGCGGUUGCGCUUGAGAAGAACGUGGACGGACAUGGGUGGUUGUUCACACACACAAAGUGUAUGCUCU